AUGGCACUCUUCAAGCAAUACCAUGACUCGAAGGCGGUCCUCUAUAAUUUCACCUUCGAAGGUUGCAAAGUCCUGGACAGAUCCACCAGGAAUCCUGUGUCUAAUUUCUUCAUGGAAAUGCUCUCGACCUACUCCAAUCUGAACCAUUCAUGUCCCUACAAUAAAGACACCGAAUUCGAUUACUGCUAUACGAAGUCGGCCAGCCGUGUGGCCAAAUUCUUUUUUGAAACCUCGAAUAUGAACCAGUCCUGUCCUUACAAUACUUAUUCCAGCAUUGAAUUUACGAACGUCAACUGCACUUCAUUGGAUAGUAAAUUCGGGGAGUUCGAGUACUGCUACCUGAAGUCAGUGAAUCGCACCUACAAAUACUUCUCCGCAAAAUUUAAAGUUUAUGAGCUUCCUAUUAGCUCCAUGAAGGUAAAUUUUUCGUUGUGGAAGCGAUACAAUGGCUAUAAGCCCUUCCUUUACAAUGUCACCUUUGAUGCCUGCAAAUUCUUUGCCAAUAACAACUCCAAUCGUGUGAUCAAGUUCUUUUAUGAAUCGUUUACGGCCUACUCGAAUAUAAACCACACAUGUCCCCUCAAUCAUGACAUCAUUAUGGAAAAGCUUCCUAUCGACUUUGUUAACCACCGAAUGACGGAAAUUCUUCCAUUUCCCGAAGGGCAAUAUCUCGUUGAAGUACGUUGGAUUCGUUCCGGAACUUAUCUUGCAUUUGGAAAGUUAUAUGCCACACUUUCUUGAAUGACGGACAGAAUUAAAAAACCGAUGCUUGUUCGAAAUGAUUAAUUCUGUGUUGUUUAAUGUGAUUUUAAGCGAUUUGAUACGACAUGAGAAAAAUUAAA